GGUCGCCUCAGAAUUUGCCAAGGAAGUUACUGGGAUCUAUCUGAUUUUUCUUCCUUUUUAUUUCUUUUUCGAUGGACUGUUUUAUAUUGGUUUUCACCCCUUCUGAGAGGCCAAUCAGGUGUACUGUACUUAUCGUGAAAUCAUCUGCUACUUUGUGGGAGCUAUCUUUAUCACUUCACUUGUCUGGUCUUUUUUGGAUGCAUGCUUUUGCCACGCGUCGGCCUCUCAUACCUAUGAAAUCUUAGCUACCAAUGAGCUUUCAGCGAGGCAGAAGCAGAUAAAGUGGGGAUUACGAUUGGAUCCUUGCAGCCACCUCCAGAAACAUAACAAUACUCUCCUCCAUUCCCUCUCUUGCCCCCGCUGCAGCAUGCCAGUCCUCCAUACUCUCUGUGCCUCCUCCUCGCUACCCAACACCAUGACAUCCCCCCAGUUAUCAAACCUAUCGGCUAAACCAUCGACUCUGAAUUCAAGUGCAGGCACGCCCAGGGCCAUGCAAACUGACUUCCCUCUCCCUCUCCCUGAACUCCCCGGCCAUGUCAGGGAGAAGAUCCUCAGCCUAGAGGUCAUGGGCAUCGACUCCGGCCGGGCUCUUUCCCUCAAUCCAGCCCUCCGCAGCGCAUCCCUCGACUCCAUCAACUCCAUCAUCUCCUAUCUCCAGUCCAAAGGCAUCCACCACAAGGACCUGGGCAGGAUCCUCGGGAUGUGCCCGAAGAUCCUCACCGCCAGCAUCCGCUCCGACCUCCGCCCUGUCUUCCAGUUCCUCUCCCAGGACCUCCAGGUCCCGGAAUCCAAUUGCAGGAGGGUCAUCAACAAGUGCCCCAGGCUGCUAGCCUCCAGUGUCCGGGACCAGCUCAAGCCCGCCCUCAUCUAUCUCCAGAGGCUGGGUUUCAGGGACACAGAUGCACUUGCCUACCAGGAUCCAAUCCUUCUGGUCUCCAGUGUGGAGAAGACAAUGAUCCCCAAGCUUCAGUACUUGGUGGGCUUGGGGCUCUCCCGGGAGGAGGCUGUGGGAAUGGUGCUGAGGUGCCCGGGUUUGUUCACCUUCAGCAUUGAGAAGAACUUCAAACCCAAGUACGAGUAUUUUGUGAGGGAGAUGGCUGGCACACUGGAGGACCUGAAGGAGUUCCCUCAGUUCUUUGCCUUCAGUUUGGAGAAGAGGAUCAAGCCCAGGCAUCAGGAGCUCAUGGAGAAGGGGAUCAUGAAGGUCCCUCUCUCGGUCAUGCUGAAGAGCACCGACGAGGAGUUCAAGGAGUUGAUACAGAAAGGCAGUUAAAAGAUGAGCUGCUCUCCUACCUGCUGCUGCUGUAAAUAAAGAAAACCUGCAUCAUUUGGUUUAGUAUAUGCAAUGAUUUCGACAUAUAUACUGGUAACAGUGAUUUCGUAUCAAAGACUACUUAGCUGGUAGCUAAAUCAUCUUCAGACAAAUCUAGGCAUCUUAAUGAAUAACCAGUGCCAUCCUUCUGUAAAGCUGGAUGUUUAGCAAUGCCGAAGUAUGGAUUUUCAUUACUUAA